AUGGUUUUUAGAAUGUGUUUCAGUGCUAUGAUGUGUGGACACAUUAACCCUGCUGUGACAUUUGGUAUGUUUCUGGCAAGGAAGUUGUCUCUAACCAGGGCAGUUUUCUACAUUGUGAUGCAAUGCCUUGGUGCAAUCUGUGGUGCUGGUGUUGUCAAAGGGUUCCAGCCAUCUUUGUAUCAGGUUAAGGGCGGAGGUGCCAAUGUUGUGAAUCAUGGUUACACCAAAGGAGAUGGCCUUGGUGCUGGGAUUGUUGGCACUUUUGUUCUUGUCUAUACAGUUUUCUCUGCUACUGAUGCCAAAAGAAAUGCAAGAGACACCUAUGUCCCAAUUUUGGCACCUCUCCCAAUUGGAUUUGCAGUGUUCUUGGUUCACUUGGCCACCAUCCCAAUUACAGGCACCGGCAUUAACCCAAUUGUUGUUGGAAUUCAAAUUUUUUUAUUUUUCUGGUAA